AUGCUUCCUUCAUACUCAACGUCAAAAGGGAAAAUGCAUCGCCAUGCGUUUUCCAACGGGGCAUACCCCUCCCAAGGAGGAGGUACUUUUUCCAUACAGCCUCACAAAUUCCAGCCGCGGUCACAGCCUGCCCUAAGACGGCGAAGGACGCUGAUACAGCGCCUGCUGCUUGUGGGCUCGCUUUUCUUUACAGCGCUCUUCUUCUUUUUUCCCAACCUGCGACCAAAUUUGGGCUCCGGACCCCUGAGCCUCAUCACUUCGAGCGACGAUUCGCAACUCGAGACGGUACGAUACUACGACCUGAACAAUGUCCAGGGCACUGCAAGGGGAUGGGAAAGGGAGGAGCGGAUACUUCUCUGCGCUCCAUUGCGAGACGCAUCCCCACAUUUGCCCAUGUUCUUUAGCCACCUCAAGAACCUCACAUACCCACACAACCUCAUUGAUCUAGCAUUCCUGGUUGGAGAUUCCAAGGACAACACAAUUUCACUCCUGACGGAAAAGUUGAAGGAGCUGCAGGCCGACCCGGACCCAAAGCAACAAUUCGGAGAGAUUUCAAUCAUGGAAAAGGACUUUGGACAAAAGGUCAACCAAGAUGUUGAAAGUCGCCAUGGUUUCGCUGCACAGGCUAGCCGUCGAAAGUCAAUGGCACAAGCCCGCAACUGGCUCUUGAGUGCUGCUUUACGGCCUACACAUAGUUGGGUAUACUGGAGAGAUGUGGACGUGGAGACUGCUCCGUUCACCAUCUUGGAGGAUCUCAUGCGCCAUAACAAAGAUGUUAUUGUACCCAAUGUCUGGCGACCGCUCCCAGACUGGCUUGGCGGAGAACAACCAUACGAUCUAAACUCCUGGCAAGAGUCCGAGACUGCGCUUGCUCUUGCGGACACACUCGACGAGGACGCCGUCAUUGUAGAAGGUUACGCAGAGUACGCGACCUGGCGCCCGCAUUUGGCAUACCUUCGCGACCCCUAUGGUGACCCGGACAUGGAAAUGGAAAUUGAUGGUGUUGGUGGUGUUAGUAUUCUUGCAAAAGCCAAGGUCUUCCGUGCCGGUUGCCACUUCCCCGCAUUCAGUUUUGAGAAGCACGCCGAGACAGAAGGAUUCGGCAAGAUGGCCAAGCGCAUGAAGUUCUCAGUCGUCGGUCUGCCUCACUAUACCAUCUGGCAUCUUUACGAGCCUAGCGUCGACGACAUUCGGCAUAUGGAAGAAAUGGAAAAGGAACGCAAGGCGAAGGAGGCUGAAGAAGAGGCCAAGAAGGCCAAGGAGGCCAAGAUCAAAGAGUCUUUUGACGAAAAGAAGGGCGACUGGGAGAAGGAGAAGGCCGCAGUUCAAGAGCUAAUUCAAAAGGCAAAGAGCGAGGCUAAGGAAGGGGAGCAGAAGGACAAGCAGCUAGAGGAGAAAAAGAAGGAAGAGACUAAAGAAGAGAAGCCAAUUGAGAGGAAGGAGGACAAGUCGUAG